AUACAUCGAUUAUCCAGAUUUUGUUUUAUGUAAUAAUUGCACCAACGGGUCACAAAUUCAUAGUGCCAGUAAGCCUGAAAUCAACCCUCUAUAUUCUGUAUUUCACCCCGGAAUCAAACAUAUUGCUUGUGAAAAAGCUAUUCAUAGUAUAGAUAUUAGUGUAAUAAUUACAUUUAUUUUGUCUGAUCUGUGUGAAAACUGUGAAGCAGAUUCUAUUAGCAAGCAUGAUGAAAAUCAAGGAUCAAAAACUCAUACUGAAAUAACUUCAAUCGAAUAA